AUGGUCACCUCCGAAGAUAUGGACAAGAGAGGAGUAUCCUCAACUAUGCCUUUGGCUCCCGAUAGAGGGGCGAAGCAGAUGCAGGGGCGCAUCCAGGAGAUUUUGAUCGCGUUUACUGUUAUGACAUUGCCAAUGUUAAUCUUCUCUGGCCUUCUGCUUGGCUUGGUCUUUCAUUAUCGCAUCACACAAAACGACUUUACCUCCAGUGAUCUAGCAUUUGACUCUAACCAGAAUGAUCCAGGCGUCUAUUUUGUCCGAAUAAGUGCAACCACACUCACCACCGUUGCCUCGUGGUCUAGCACUAUCGCUCCAAUAUUAGUUGGCUUCGGUGUAGCUCUGGUGUCCUACCCCGUUGCGAAGGGUCUGUUGACGGCUUCGGAAAACCAUGAGGUGGCGCAGCUACCAACACCUUUUCAGCUCUCAUUAAUAGUCCGUAUGGUUUCAAGCGGCUCAUUCUCUGCCCUUUGGAGCUGGCUGAUGUAUUCCUUUGGCUGGAGAGGAAGGCGCGAGCGCCAGGGGAGAGCGAUAAAGAGUCUGACGACCGUAUUGACCCUCGGCAUUAUCUUAAGCACUGUUGUCCUAGUCACGGACACCUGGCUUCACUUCACUACCAAAACCGUCAACUUCAUUCAAGUGAACGCAAACUCCGACGCCUCAGGUCUUGGAUUCGGCGUGUACCAGAAUUGCACGAACGUAGACAGCGCUCUUCUUAGCUGUAACCUCAACAACCCUGCCUCAGGCGAUGUCCUACUUAACCCCGACCCGAUGAAAGUUCUCUCCAACAUAUCAGAUACAAUGACAAUCCAAAUUUACUCUGUGGGUCGAGAUCAGUACGCAUAUGUCACGAGCCCGGAAACAUCUCGCCUAUCACCGCUCGACUAUACCGUCUCAACAUAUGCCAUACACUCGCAAUGUUCUCCCGUGACCUCCCAGUGCGCGAACCCGAAUGAUGUUUCCGGAGUUGGCACGACCUACAACUGCCCAUUUGCGUUCCAAGGGAGGGUCAACACAGCCGUGGGCGCGUCCAAUUCCGUGACCAUGGCCUACUUCACAGACUCAACAGGCUCUAACAAUAACACGGAUAAAACCGUGAUUGGCAAUCCCUAUUACUACUCCGCCAUGAUCCUAGCGAAUAUGCGCAAUGCACGUCCUGCAGCCCUGCAGAACGACCCGGAGGUUCUGUCCGGUGGACACGGCGGUGCUACUAUUGUGGCAGUGGGCUGCACAUCCACCGUCUACGACGUCGAAUACUMUUCCGUCAACGGCACCAUCAAGAACUGGAAGCCUAGCAAAUCUAACAGUUCUACGACGCUUAUCGUGCAAGGCACACAGCGCCACACAGACGUCGGGAACCCAAACCUGGUUCAGGCUGCUAGCAUCGCGGGGCUGGGCAACUCCGCACAAGCGAUCGCAGAUCAGUUUGCACUAGCAUAUAGUCAAACCGCCUUGGCAGUUGCGUCAGGCGCAUUCGCGCCACGGGCCGCUUUGGUGUCCCAAGUGCGAGAACAGAUUCUUGUUGCGCGCGUUCCCAAAGCGCCACUGUUCGCCCUGGUUGCCGCCAAUCUACUGCUUGUGUUGCUGGGCAUUAUACUCGCCAUUGUGGCUCUGAUAGCUGUUCGGGGCAAUACAGGAGAGGCACAGGCGCGUCUGAGUAUUCCUGCGUUAGUAGCGGCGCUGUUUGAAGUACGCAUGGCAAGCCCUGUGAGCGAGCUAGAGGAUAUGUUUGAGGAGAGGCAUGGUGAACGAGGACCGCGGAUUGGGUUUGCAAAGGCAGCGGAAGGGGGCUGGGUGUUUCAGAGAUGGCAUCCAAAUUGA